AUGGACCGUGAUACUGCGUUGAUGAAUGUGGUGGCAAAGGUAUUUUCUUCUUCUAACGCAUUACUUUGUCGAUAUCACAUAACAUGUAAUGUGAGAAGGAAGGUUAACCCUGCGGUAGGGAUGAAACAAGUAGAGACCGAAGGUGGGAAAUCGGUGAAGGCCGGUGUGGAGAAGGAGAAGUAUGUGUGUGAGUGGACUGAUAAUGUCCGACACCUUGAGAAUACAACCACCAACAGAGUCAAGUCGGAACAUGCUAGUUUGAAAAUUUGGUUGGCUAAUAACAAGGGUGACUGGUGUCGAGAUUGGGACUCUGUAAAUCUCAUGAUUAAAAACCAACACAAGGAGAUACAAACAACAUUUGUUCGGAGCAUAACAGUGUUGGAACAUCGAUUCAAGGACAACAUACUUUAUUCUCAAUAUAUCGGUAAUGUAUCUCGGGCCGGGUUGAACUAUAUUUUUUACGAGGCCAAACGAGGUGAAGUUAUAGGUUCCGAUAACGCAAAGUGUGGUUGUACUAUUUCUAAAAUGUAUGGUCUCCCGUGUGCGUGUGUUAUUGAUAAAAAUAUAGAACUAGGUGAGGCAAUAAGAAUGGACGAAGUUAUCCUUCAUUGGAAAAGACUUAGUUUUGAUGAUGAUGGUUGCAUUGAAAGAGAAAAAUCACAUAUAUGUAUUAUUUCCGAAUUGGAAAUGAUACAAGAGAGGUUUUCAAAGGCCGACGACAACAUGAAAAUCUACAUUAAAGAACUAUUGCAGAAGAUUGGAUAUUGCGAAACAACCGACAUGAAACCGCUUUCUCAAGCGGUUAAGAAAAAGGUUGCUCCGAAUAAAUUGAAGCCUACACCGAAUGACAACUCGACUACACGGGCUCCUUCGUAUUGUGAGCAUGUUGAUAAACUUUUUUCCAACUCACUGACGCCUAAAUCUCAAAAAUCUCAAACAAGUUCAAACAAAGAAGCUCGCAUAAGCAAACCGCCUCCGACACCUAUUUUGUCGAAAAUUCCAAUCACCAAAGAGACGCCUAUUCCACCAAAAAUUUUAUUCAUCGAAGAGAUGUCGGUUUUUAAGCACAGGUACAGCGAACGAAUCGUCAAUGUUGUGGGGGAUGGUAAUUGCGGUUACCUGGCCGUCUCGAGGUUGCUUGGUAAUAGAGAGGAUAGUCAUACACUUUUUUGUCAUCAACUUAUCCAAGAGUUGAAGACGUAUAAAGACUCGUACACACAGUUAUAUGGAGAGGAAGCUAAAUUUGAAGCGGUUAACGAAGCUCUUGUUCCUUGGUUGGGCGCUUACGCACCAGUGUUAAAAUGGAUGAGAUUCCCGGAAAUGGGACAUUUUAUUGUAUGCGGGUAUGAUAGGGUGUGCAUUGACUUGACGCAUUAUGAUUUUUUGGAAACCUUUUUCCCCCUUCGGACCGUACCACCAACAAAUCCAAAUGAUUGCAUCAUGUGUAUUGGAUGGCUUUCAAAAUCGAGUCAUUUUAUGCAAGUUUACCUGAAAUCGGGAUGCUCCAUACCUCCUACGUCACCAGAAUGGAUGCUUCAUCAUACCGAAGAUGUCAAGACGUAG